AGUGCUCAAACUGUCGAGCCUGAAGCUUGAGCUCUUAAUGCUGACUCAAGCAGACAGGACAGGACACUGCACCCUUCUGUAUCAGGAAAAAACUAAAUUUACAGCAACAUUUCAACAGCUUAGGACAACGACAGCAAUGAAGACAACACUGGCAACUCUGACUCUCUGCCUGGUGGUGCUCAUGGCCACAGGUUUCCCUUUCGAGAGGAAAGGGGGCUCACCCUCCGGCAGUGCUGCCAAGGAGAAGCGUGUACAGUAUGCAGCGUGGGAUGAUGUAAAUGUCAUUGCCCAUGGGCUACUGCAGCUGGGCCAGGGCCUGAAGGAGCACGUAGACAAAACCAAAGUCCAGAUGAGGGACAUUUCCAGCAAGCUGAAGGUCUUCAAUCGCACCGUGGCCGAGCUGGGGAAGGAAAGCCAGAAACUGAGAGUAGAGGGGGAGGCCCUGAAAGCUCGUGCCCAUGGACUGGAGGACAGAGAGGGGCAGCUGCUGAAUGUCACAGCGGGGCUGAGGGAGAAGGCGGAGGAGAUGCAGCAGGAGAGGAGGACGAUGAGCGAGAGGAUGAGCCGGCUGGAAGAGAGGGUGGACAGCAUGCUGCAGGGAGAGACGAUGCUGGCUGACACGAACACCGGUGCCAAGAACAACAGUGAUGCUCGCAACAUCCAGCUGAUGCUAGAGGCUCAGAACAGGCGCAUUGAUCAUCUGGUGGAGAGGAUCAGACUCCAGCAGGAGAAGCUUGACAAGCAGAAUGUGCGCAUCAGGACGUUGCAAAGUCAGAUCCAACAGUCACGACAGAGACCAGCCUUGCGGAGCAGCAACACUGACGGCUCCGAGCAAAGUGGCGCCGCGGAGCAACGCGACUCACCAGUCG